AUGUCAAUGAUCAUACCCACGCACACAUCAUCCAGCUCAUCAUGCUCCUACUCAUCUCACUCAACCAUCGACACAUCCUCCUUCAAAGAUACCCAGAUUUGCAAAUCCAAACAAGACUUAUGGCACAUUAUCGAGAAACAACGUGCCAUUAUACAAGAAUUGCAACAAGCUCUUGUCGAUGUUACAUCUGAAAGAGACGGUUUGUUGCUCAAAGCCAAGUCUAUACCAACGCCUCCACCAAGAUCGCCUUAUAGAUCUCAUAAUCAUGGUGAAACACCCGAGAAUAACUAUACCCAAAAACGCAAGUCCAUACCCACUACUACUUUUACUACGGCACCACAAAGCAAGGCCCACAUCAAGGUCAAAUCAGUGCACUCGAAUCGAUUUUCAUUAGCUGUAAUGGAUCAUGUCAACCUCGAACUAUGGGCUAUUGAAAAGACAUUCACAGAGCUGAUACAUUUAAACCACACAUUACAUAAAAAACUGAACCUUUCAUUCCAUCUUGCUCUAGAUUCUGUGGACAGAAAGCAGCUGAAGACCAUGAUGGAGGAUUUCUUCAAGCGGGCGCUUCAAUGUCAAAGUGAUUUAUCGCCUGUUUAUUCAUUUAUUUCAGUAAAAUCAGCCAAACAUCAACAGCAGCAGCAAGGCUAUCUGUCUAAAAGAGGAAAACAUAUCAUCGGUGGUUGGAAAUCAUAUUACUUUAUUCUGUUUGAAUCCGAGUUGAGAUACUUUAGCACUCACAAAGGUGACCUCCAUGUGCGUUGCAUUCCACUGAAUCAUGACACUCAGAUUGGUAAACAAGCAGACGGCAAUGUAGAACCAUUUGAGCAUGCUUUUGUGAUUGUCCAUGAAGCAGCGCCUAUCAUACUUGGGGCUGCCUCGGAUACUGAGCGAGAUGACUGGGUACAGGCACUCUUGAUGGCCACCAAAAAGAGACGUACACAGCAACAGCCCAUCACACGACACCAUUCAGAGUCAACUGCAGUACCCGCAAGGAGCAGCAGCAACAACAACCAUCUCCAUCACCACAAGAGCAUGUACAUUGAACACUCCAUGCUCUUGCAAGACAACACUCGUUCCAGCAUGGACGACCAGACCAUCUUGAAUUACUAUGAAUCUGUCCAUCAGCCGCAUCAGCAAACACAGCAGCGCACUGUUGUUCUCAAAGCGAGUGCUGACUCACUGCCGCUGGACUUGCAAAGCGACGAAAAGAGCAAGAAACACCGUAAGUCAUUUUGGUCUCGACGCAAAUUCUUUAGCAACAGCAAUACAAUGCCAUCGGCCUCACCUACAUCUACGACGACAUCACCCACAAGUGCAGCAUUGCCUAUAGUAGAUACCGCCAGCAUCAGACAUACACUCUCAUUUCCAUUUAUAAACAAUACAGAGGAGACAUCCAGUAGUGGUAGCAGUGCAUGUUCUACGCCCAUGUUUCAAAUAUUUGGUGUUCCCCUCGAGGCAGCUAUCCGAGUAUCCCGAAUCUCUGAACGAUACCAACUGCCUGCGAUUGUGUAUCGAUGUAUCGCCUAUCUGGAAGAAAAGAAGGCUAUCCAUGAAGAGGGCAUUUACCGUCUGAGUGGCAGUUCAGCUCAGAUGAGUUAUCUUAGACAGCAGUUUUGUGAAUAUGGAGAUGUCGACUUGCUAGAUAAAAAGUAUGCUGAUGUGGAUGUACACGUGGUAGCUGGCUUACUGAAAGCUUGGCUACGAGAGCUUCCUAUCAAUGUGUUGACCCAUGAGCUGUUAAAUGAUUUCUUAUUGAUCUGUGACAUCAAAGACAAGCAGAGCAAGAUUCAGGAACUGGGUCUCCUGGUAUCUAUUCUGCCCUUGGCAAACUACACACUUCUGCGAACAUUGAUUGCUCAUUUGAUCCAUAUUGUGCACAAUGCGGAUACCAACAAGAUGACACUGCGCAAUGUUAGCAUUGUAUUUGCACCCACACUGUCUAUUCCGUCAGGCAUCUUUACGCUGUUGAUGAGCGAAUUUGAAUACAUUUUCUAUACCAAAGAGCAGCAGGAGACAGCUGUACCUGAAGCGACCACAUCGGCAGACAGGAUCAAGAACAACUAUCUGAAAAAGAGGUCCAAUCGCAAUAGCAGUGACUACAAGGACCAAGUGCCUCCCAAUAUCAUCCGCUUGGAGAAGGAAUACAGGCAUGAUUCCUUGGUCAUUGAGCAGGAUGAACUGGAUGGCAACUGUAACAAACAAAUGACGUAA